ACCGUUCCGCAAAUCCUUUCCACAUGUCUGGAGAUGUGGAUUUCUUCUUGCUUAGAGAACAGGAGCGGAAUAAGUCUCGCGCAGAGCGGGAGCAGAAGACGACCCUGCAGGUGCACGAGAAGAUGACAUACUCGUCCAAAGUGUUGGCCAAGCACACCAGCCUUCGUCGGGAGCUGCAGCUGGAGGACGAGAUGCAAGACCAGGAGACGCGCGCCGAGGCAGAGCGGCUGCGUGCCUUCCACGACCACACGGCUUGGAAGCUCUGCAUGACCAAAGAAAGGAAGAUGGAAUCUGAUAACAUGAACAUCUACAUUAACCAGAAGCGGCAGAUAUUCCUCAUCCAGUACGCCCUGGACAUGAAGCGGAAGGAGAUCCAGCGGCUGGAGAUGCUGGCGGCCAAGGAGGAGGCAGAGCUGGAGCAGGCAGAGAAGUCCCUGGAGAAGGACGCAGCCUUGUUCGACGAGUUUCUCCGGGAGAACGACCGCAGCUCCGUUCAGGCCCUGAGAGCGGCUGAAAAGGAGACCAAAGCAAAAGUGGAGAAGAUCAUUGAGAUCCGUGAACUGACCACCCAGAUCAUGAACAUCAAAAGUGAAAUCUCCAAAUUUGAAGACACUUUGCAGCAUUACAAGAUCUACAAGGACUUCCUAUACAAGCUGUCGCCCAAGGAGUGGUUGGAAGAAAAGGAGAAGAAGCACCAGGAUCUCAAAAAGACCAAGGAGGCCCCCGAGCCCCCCAAAGAGAACAUUUCAUUCUCCACAGGAGGGGACAAAGAUGGGCAGGGCCCAAAGAAACCCUCGAAGUCCCUGCCGGUGACCCGGCUGAGGCGGCUUCUAUCCAGCUCCAUGAGCCUCCAGUACAGCAGACAGCCCAGCCUGAACAGUGAGCUGGACCCCAAAGGGUCAAGCUCUAUCUCCACCAUGUAUGAGGAUCCAGGCAGCGACGGGGAGGAGCUGGAGCUGUACUUCACAGAUCCUCAGCAGCUCCUGGACAUCUUCAUGAAGCUGGAAGAGCAGAACCUCUCGCUCAUCCAGAACACACAGGAGAUGGAGGAGGCCCUGGAUGAUCUGAAUGUCACCCUGAAAAACACCCAGAUCCGCAUGGACAAGGAGGUCAACCAGUUGAAGCAGUGGGUCACCACACUGAUGAUGUCCAUCACCAAGGAGGAGGAGACUGCCGCCGAGCUGGAGCUCAAAGCCCGAGUCUUCCACUUCGGCAAGUACAAGGGUGCUCAGGAGGACAAGCUGCUGGAAAGCCUGAACCGCAAGGUGCUGGACGUGUACCAGCAAUGCCUCGGCAGCCAGCAGGAGUCCAACCUGGGCCCCGUGCAGAUGCUCACCAUCAUCGAGCACCACCUGGACGAGCUGCUGGAAAACCUAGAGCGGGUGCCCCAGAUCAAGAUCGAGCAGGCCGAGAAGGCCAAGGAGAAGGAGCGCCGCGUGCGACUCCGGGAGGAGAAGGUCAUGAUGCAGAAGCGGCUGCAGGAGGAGCGUGUGCAGCGGGCCCAGGCCCGGGCCCAGGCUGAGAUCAAGAAGAAGAGAGGCAGGAGACUGGUGAGUCGCUCCCGGCCCCCAGCUCUCAAGGUGAAGAAGGAGCCUGAGCACGUGCAGACAGAGGAGGACAAGGAUGAGCAGCUGCUGUUCUGCACCUAG